CGCGGCUGCCUGCCCUCCAGGCUCCUCCCGCUCCGGGGCGCCGCCGCCCUUUGCACCCGCCCCGUGCGUACAAAGACCGCCGGCCUUCAGCGCUGCCUCACAGCUGUGAGUCUAGCUCUUCCCACGACUGCUGCGCCUCGGGGCUCAGGUUUCAACAGACCUCUUCAAGAUGCCGUCUCAGAUGGAACAUGCCAUGGAAACCAUGAUGCUUACAUUUCACAGAUUUGCAGGGGACAAAGACUACUUAACAAAGGAGGACCUCAGGGUGCUCAUGGAAAGGGAGUUCCCUGGGUUUUUGGAAAAUCAAAAGGACCCCCUGGCUUUGGACAAAAUAAUGAAGGACCUGGACCAGUGCCGAGAUGGCAAAGUGGGCUUCCAGAGCUUUAUAUCCCUGGUUGCAGGGCUCAUCAUUGCAUGCAAUGACUAUUUUGUAGUACACAUGAAGCAGAAGGGGAAGAAGUAGGCCGUAUGGAGCCCUGGUCCUCCCUCCCACAGGGCUCCUUGAGGAACCUGCCUGGCUGCUUCUCAGGAGCAGAUCAGGACCCUCAGGAAAUGCACAAAUAACAUCCAACUCCAAUUUGACAAGCAGAGAGAGAAAAGUGAAUUCAGUGACAAAGAAGCUUUGGUUUUUUAUAUUGUUUGCAUCAUGCUGCCCUCAAUAAAGAAAGUCCUUUUUUUUUUUUAA